AUGGCUAAGUCUUUGUCAGAACAGAUCUCUGAGAUUGCAAACAGACCCGUCAAUCAGGACGUGGAUAUCGAAGAUAGUGAACGUGGUGUGUUUGAACAUCACGAUGGAGCCAAUAGUAGUGGUAGUGAUAAUGAUAGUGAGGAUGAAGGCCAAGCUCAGGCUCAUUAUGUCUCUGUGGGUAAGUCUAAAUUGAGAGAAUCUGUGGAAGGUGCUGAGUUACAGGACUCAGAGAAGUAUAAAGGUGCUGUUGGAUCCAGAGAUGCAUUGUUUGGUAAUGAGAAUACACAUAUACCUGAUGAAGAUAUUGAAAGUGAAUCUGAAGAAUUAGGAGAAGACGAUAUGGUUAGUGAUGAUGACCAAAGCGAGGAAGAGGAAGAAGUAGAAGAGUCUAGUGAAGAUGAAAUUGCAAGUAAAAGAGAGCAAUUAGCAAGACUUGUCGAAGAAGAAAGAAGCUCGGCAAUUCAAAGAUUAUCACGUAAUGCACAAAGAGAUGCUGCUAAAGGUUAUUCUGUUCUUCAACAAACUCGUACAUUUGAUAGUAUUAUCGAUGUACGGAUUAAGCUACAAAAAGUUCUAAAUGCAGCUAAUACUAUGCCGUUAAGUUCAGAAUCAUGGAAUGAAGAAUUAAAAGAAAAUUCUAAAAAUAAAAAAUUAUUAGAACAAAAUAAAAUAUUAUUGAAAGAAGUUAUGGAUAAACUUAUUACAUUUAGAAAUAAAUUUCAAAUUCAGGAUCAUAUUUUACCCGUUACUGAAGGUUCAGAAUCUUCAUCACGUAAACGUACUUGUAGUGAAUUGGAUAAUGAUUUAAGAAAAUAUAGAACUGCAGUAUUAAAUAAAUGGUCUUCUAAGAUUGAAGCUGCCUCUGGGAAUGCAUUAUUAGGAUCCACAAAGUUUAAAGCAAUUAAUCAAUCAGCAGAAGUACAAGUAGAAAACCAGCUGGCAGAUAUGACUCGUCUUGUGAAAAGAACAAGACUUAAUAGAAGAAAUAUCGUUCCAUUGAAGUUCAUGAUAGAUUUGAAAGCCAACAGAUUAAAUCAAAUGAAUGGAAGCAAUGAAAAUAUGAUUCAAGGUGAUAAUGAUGACGAAGAUGAUAAUAAUGCAGAUAUCCCAAAGAAUUAUGAUCCAAGAAGAAAAGAUAAUAAUGCUAUUGAUACAUCUGAAAACCCUUACAUAUUUGAUGAUGAAGAUUUUUACCGUGUCCUACUAAAUGACCUGAUAGAUAAGAAGAUCGCUGAUAACAAUAAUAAUAAUGGUACUAGUAAUAACAUCAUAACAAUAUCUUCAAGAUCUAAUAACAAAUUAAAGAAAAAUAUUGAUACAAAGGCAUCAAAGGGUCGUAAGUUAAAUUUCACGGUACAAGAACCAAUUGCAAAUUAUGAAGCAUCUGUAAACAACGGUUAUAAAUGGUCCGAUGAGCAAAUUGAUGAAUUCUUUGCUGGUCUUUUAGGUCAAAGAAUCAAUUUUGAUGAGGAUGAAACUGCCGGAUUUGAAUCUGAAGAUAUUUCUGAUGAUGAAAAACAAGCUGAAGUUGAUGCCAUCAAGAAUGAUGAUAUUCAAAUUUUUGGUUAA